CGGGGCUUGUCAAUCGUUGGAGGGCGCUCGGAGCAGCAAAAUUCGGUGAAAUUUGAAGCGAUUUCGGUGCGCGGGCUGCGCUGUGGAGUGGAGGCAGUCGACAGAAAGGCCUUCCGACUGGAUUUUUGACCAAUCUUGUCUCGAUUCGCGUGCCGUCGGUUUCGAUGAAGGAGGGCGUUCUGUGGAUUGUGGUGCCUAGUUUCACGAGUUAGUUUUGAGUGUGCGUUAAAAAAUGACCAUUCAAUAAGAACUGGAGGAAUCAGUUCUUUAGAGUGCGUUUCCUGACGAUCUGGAUUUGGAGAAAGGCAACGUCAGGUGCUGUUCGAGUUCAAGUCUGGAGCUACACGCACAAGAAGUGGGAGCUGCUGAGACAGGAGAAUUUAUUGAAGAGAAAAUGAGGAGACUCCGUAGGGAGACGUUUUCCGAAAAAUGCCACCGGUACAGGGGAGUGAUUUUUGUUGUUUGUGUGCCUCUCGCUCUCAUAUCUGUAGUCUUGGUGUUAAUGCCCCGCAUUGUCGAUCCCCAUAGCAUUGCCGCGUUCGAUUCUAGUUUCGAGCUUCCCAGCAACAAUGUGAGACUUUCCGAACAGAAGCGUUAUGCAGUCGUAUUCGAUGCAGGAAGCUCUGGCAGCAGAGUGCAUGUAUUUUCAUUUGACAAGGAUUUACAGCUUGUCAAAGUUGGCGAUGGGUUUGAAGUGUUCGAUCAACUUAAACCUGGAUUGAGUUCUUAUGCACUUAAUCCUAAGAAGGGAGCAGCGUCUUUACAGCCUUUGCUAGACAAGGCUUUGGAAGUUGUCCCUACUGAACAGCGAAGCACUACGCCUGUACUUCUUGGUGCAACCGCGGGUCUUAGACUACUUCCUGGAGACCAAUCCAGCAAUCUGUUGAAAGAGGUCGAUGUAUUAUUGAGAGAAAGUUCAUUUAAAUUCAAGCCCGAAUGGGUGAGUAUCAUAGACGGAACGCAAGAAGGCUCCUAUCAGUGGGUUACAGUCAAUUAUCUUCUGAAGCGCCUCGGGAAAUCCUUUGAUGAAACAGUUGGCAUUGUGGAUCUUGGUGGAGGUUCUGUGCAAAUGGGGUAUGCAAUUUCUGAUGAAGAUUUUGCGAAAGCUCCCAAAGCCCGUGAUGGUCAGCAAUCGUACGUGAGGAAAAUGAGUCUUAUGGGAGCUUCGUACAAUCUAUAUGUGCACAGCUAUCUUAACUAUGGAUUGUUGGCUUCUAGGGCGGAAAUUCUGAAGCUUCUGGAUGACACUGAAUCCUGCUCUUGUCUUCCUAAGGGUUUUCAAGGAACAUACACAUAUGGUAGUCAAGAAUACAGAGCAAGUGCCAGCGUGGAUGGCGGAGAGUAUGAGAAAUGUAAGAAGCUUGUCAUAAAGGCUCUUAAAGCAGAUCAAACCUGUGAAAGUCUCCAGUGCACAUUUGCAGGAGUUUGGGGUGGAGGUGGUGGUGUUGGGAUGAAGUCGCUAUUUGUAGCUUCUUUCUUUUUUGAUCGGGCUCUUGAGUCAGGGAUUGUAACGGAUCCUGAUGCCGCAGAGGCAGUGAUCACGCCCGCAGACUUCGAAGCAGCUGCCAAGAAGAUUUGCAGGCUUAGCCUUGACGAGCUUGCUCAAUCGUAUCCCAAGGUGCAAGAGGAUACUAGAAAAUUCUUAUGCAUGGAUUUGACUUAUCAGUACACCCUCAUCGUGACUGGAUUUCAGGUGAAACCAGAUACGAAGAUCACGCUGGUUAAAAAGGUGAAAUAUAGUGGAUCCUACGUAGAAACUGCUUGGCCUCUAGGUAGUGCAAUUGAACUAGUAUCUCUCAAUAAAGUUUAGUUUCAUCAGUCGCUUGACAUGUGCAGUGUUUUCUGAAAUUUACUCGCUUUAAACGACCUUCCUAUUUUACCCUACAAAGGUCGUACUUCUAGCUCUUAGAUUAUUUUAGGCAAGAAGCAUCUUUAAAUCGAGCUCAUUACGAGGUUGUAGUUUCCUGCAGAAGAUGCAGAGAUUUUGAAUGACACUUUGCAGGGGUGUACUUUAGGAAGCGUUGCAUUUUGGCUGCUGAUUCAGCAAAGCUUGCGCUCUAAUUGUAUUCUUAGUCCGCGUAACCUUGAAAUCUUCCGUAUCA